UGAUAAAGUUGGUUCCCUUGAAACGUGACCCAGAAAUCACAAGCACUUGUAAUUUUCUCGUUUGCAAGCAACAAAACUUUGUUCUUCGUGUAACAUAGAGAGAUGUAGAAGAUCGUCGUGUGUAUUUUGCUGCGUGUUGAAGAUGCAAGGUUGUAUUGCAUAGCUGUGAUGCAAGGCUGUAUUGCAUAGCUGUGACUAUUUUUAUCGUUUGUGGCUAAGAUCGAAGCUUAUAGCCAGGUAAUGAAAUUGUCACCAUGAAAUACUACGAGGGCUCAAGUACCCUGAAAUUCCCUUGGGAACAAGUUGCUCAGGGCCUGUGGCAGCGAUACCCUAAUCCAGAGAGCUUGCAUGUGUUGUCAGAGGAUACAGUAGCCAGAAAAGUUGUUGAUAAUAAACUUCAUUCCAAACGUGUCUUAACCAAAACAAACCGCAUGCCCAAGUGGGGAGAACGCUUAAUAAAUACUCGAAAUGUCAGUGUCAUUGAAGAAUCGAUAGUGGAUCCAGAAAAGAGAGAAAUAUGUACUUAUACCAGGAAUGUUGGACUGACAAAGGUGAUGACCUGUGUCGAAAAAGUAGUUUACAGACCUUGCCCAGAGAAUUCGCAGUGGACCGUGGCAGAGAGAAAAGCUUGGAUUGACUCAAAAAUAUUUGGCUUAGGAUAUGCAAUUCAGAAAUUUGGACUGGAGCGCUACAAGAAAAACAUCCAGAAGACCAACUUGGGUUUCAGCUUUGCCUUGAAUAGAUUAUUCCCUGUUGUUGAUAUCCCAGCGGAAAGCAGCCAUAACCACCACCUGACAUUAGAAGAGAGAAAACAGAGGUUGAAAGAUGCGGCUCGAGAAACAGCAAAGAGGGCGAAGGAGUUAGCUCAGGAGAAGGCUGGGCCAAUUUAUGCUGCCUGUGAAGGUGUGCGGAGCUGAAAGUGAAAGUCUGUAGACUGAAUAUUAAUAAAAGAGCUAUAUAUUUCAUGGAUUCCAUCAUGGAUAUAAGGGUUAUUUUAGAUAGGGAGCCACUGGUGCUACUACUUUGUGAUUUGGAGUGUUAGGUAUUGGGUGAUAGGAAUGACUGUGUAGUUACAUUAUGUAACUAUGAUAUCAUUGAAAACUAUGUGAGGCACAUAAACCUAAACAUGGAAAUUGUUUGCAGUUUUUGAUUUUUUUAUUAUAUAUUUUUUAUUCUCCCUUUCAUUGGUAUGCCAUUUAUGAAAAAGAAACUUUGUUCUAAAGAUUUGAUAUACAAGAUAACUUUUCAAGGAUUUCAUUUUACAACUAAAGUUGUAAGUGUUCCCAAAAGUAAAAUAUACUUGCUUUCCAAGGUUGAAUGAUCUCAGUAAUUCUAAAUCAUAUGUAUACUGACCUGGUGAAAGUGAUUGGUAGGGAAUAGUUCUUGAUUUCUUGAAAACUUAAACAGGUAGAAUUUAGGGGAAUUCUUUUUGAUUUGGAAAUUGUACCCACUAGGAACCAUUCACUAACAAUUUUUGAAGUCUUGCUAGCAUGAUGGAGCCUAUGACAGUGCAUAUGUUGGGUAGCAAGGUAGCAAGUGAGAAGAAAGAAGCCUACAAAUGACCUGGAUUAUAUGAUUGCCUCGGUACAGUGUAUAUCAUAGUGUCCAGGGGUACUAAUAAGUCUGCAUUAUCAUUCCCAUCGAACAUCAAAUGAAUCAUGUAUUGUCCUUGUAUAUAUAUUCAUAUAAAACUUUCCACAAGUCUCGCAUUCAUAGGUGUCCAUUCCUUGGAAAGGGUCAAGCACUUGGAUAGUUGGUAAUAUUCCGUCCGGAGGAAUGUGGGACUUCAAAGCUUGUUUGUUCUUGUGGGAAAUAUCACUGAUGAGAAGUGGUGAGAAUUUAUUUUUUCAUUCAUUCCAUGCAUGUUCCUUUCAGGUGUUGAUUUAUUGUCAUCGAUUGUCAAGGUUUUGAAAUAACAUUCUCACUCCUUCAUACAUUAUGAAUAGGUCCAUAUCACAGGAAACUUUCACUUCAAAAGAAAAAUUGAUUUAACUUUUUAAGGCCUUUCACUGACAUAUACAUGCAUAUGCACUCUAACAGUGCUGGUCUACUUUGUGCUGUAAGUCUUUGUGAAAAUUUUAAGCUAUGUUGACCUGUGAAUCAAGUCAUUGACCAAGGGAAUGUAUAUAGUGAUAACCAUUUCUACAUUCUUUGCUCCAAGGGGAUUCAUAUUGGAAGACUCUGCAUAGGAUCAUAUUUAAAUCCUCCUGGCCAAGGGAGAGGACAAAAUAAGCCAUGCAGGCAAUACCCUCACCUGAGUGAGAUGAGUGUGGAAUACUGCCCUUUCUCAUACAAUACAUCAUUCUGAAUGUUGAUACAAAGAAACGGUGUAUGAGACAUUAUCUUUGGGUUGUCAGUGUUCUAGAUUGUCCUGCUCAUUUUUUGUGGGUUAACACCAUCUUGUCUAGGUCUUUGUUACAUUUCUUCAGAUUUUUGUUGUUGGAUGAUUAGUAAUGUCUUUUUGUGAUAUAGAAUUUGUGUUCUUGGUAAUUUCUUCUCUGUUGUUUUUAUCUUCUUCUUUUUUUGAGAAAAAAACAUGUAUAUAACCAGUCUUCUAAAAAAAAAAUCAAAUAGUAGUUAUAUUAACCCUGAUUAUAACUUAUAAAGAUAUUGAAGAAAAUUUACCUUAUUUUUUUUAGACUCAUCCUUAACAAAACCCUUUACUGUACAUUUUUACGUCUUGUGAUUGAAGUUUUUGUACUUUGUAUGAAUGAAGUAAUAUCCAAGCACUGAUAUUAUAUUUCAGUUUGUUACAAUAAUAUCUCUCCAUCAAUGCAAUAUAAAGAUUCAUUCCAAGGUGUUUAGAAGACCAAUAUAUGUUUACAGAUGAAGGAUGUUGUCAAUGCUCAAUGAUCUUGAUUUUAUAAUGAAAGGAGUGUGAAGUGCAUUCCAGUUCACUUCAUGUAAUCAUUUGAAAUGUGCACAUUGAAUAGUGGUUCACAUAACUUUCGAGUGGACAGGUGUUUUAUAGCAAGGAGUAUCUUCUGCAUGAAACACCAGUUAAAAAAAAGAAAAGCAAAGGGCAAAGAUUUCCUUCACAUAUGGUAUGUUUAAAAUGAUUUUUGAUAAACUUGAAUCUGUAUUUUGUGUGACAGCGUAACUCUUUCAUUAAAAUAAGGGAAGAUGUAGUCAUCAACAGUGAAAACAGUAGUUGCUAUUUUUUAUGCUUUAUAGAUUCCUUUUAGUUUAUAGAAAAGAGUUUUAUAAAAAAAAAAUGAAUUUGCACCUAAUCACAAAUGUUAAUGAGAGGAUCUAGCAUAGUAGCUAAAUUAUUUAGCUAAAAUACUAGAAGUGCAGAUUGCUUUGCUUAAAAUAACCCCAUGGUGCUUUUUAUUUUGAAAUUAUAUUUAAAUACUAAGUGACAGCAAUGGUAGAGAACAAUAGGAAUGUGUAAAACUAAAUAUCUGCAAAAUUUGCAUAAUCUGUUUUGAGAAACCCUUCUCUUUUAGCAUUACUUCAGCCUUGUAUCUAUUUUUUUUUAGAUACUAUUAUUUGUUGUUUCCGACCAUAUAUAUAUGUGCGUUAUAUCCACAAAAUAGUUUCCAAAGGAUAUAACUAGUUUUAGGAUAUGUCACAUGUAUAUUUUUAUCCAACUGCUCUGCUUUGUGCUAAAUUCUAUGUUCAUUGCAACUUUCUUCAAGGGCAUCUUUUUGACAGUUAUAUUUGUGUUGAUUAUGUUAUUUGACAUUUUUGUUUGGUGCAUAACUGGUUUAGAGGUAUAAUACUGAUUGUACUGAAGUUGAUGGUCUAACUAACCAAUACCUUUUGUAGCAACCUAGGGUGCUUGGUGUAGAAAUUGUCAGCUCGUCUGAUGAACAUUACACUCACAUCUAUAGUUGUAGAACUUUCUAUAGGCUAAGUGAGUGUCCAUGUUCUUAUAAUAAUUAGUGAUCAGUAAAACCAGCAGAAAGAUAUUGGAAUAGUAUCAAUAAAGAAAAUUUAGAGAAAUUCA